GAAGGAGGUUUCUGUUUUAAGAAAUAAAGAGACUUCUCAGCGGUUGAUUCACUGCCCACGGGGAGCCUGCGGAGCAGAGGCUUCCUCUGCCUAGAGAUUUGCAUACAACAUCCACUUCCUGCUUCGCAGCCGGCUCCACCACUUACCUGGACCCGGAGAGGGCGAGGGAGGCCUGAGCCGCCCGAGGUGCAGCCCCAGAGCCCAGCCAGCGACCACCCGCCCCGGGCCGCCUGUCUGCAGCGACCGCAGAAACUAGAAUGAACCGAAGCAUUCCUGUGGAGGUUGACGAAUCAGAACCAUUCCCAAGUCAAUUGCUGAAACCAACCCCAGAAUAUUCCCUGGAAGAGGAAUUAGAACCACCUGCUCCAGACACAAGGAACAUGGCACCCAGCAGCUUGUCUGCGCUCCAAGCCCCUCACCAUGCCGCAGGAGACCUUUGUCAGGCUCGCCCUCCCCUGAAACUUGCAAGUCACCGGCCUGUAUCACAACAGGUCACCUGCUUGCGCACUAAAGUUCUGGAGGAGAGUGAAGCCAGUUUCUUUAGAAGGCACCCUGAUGCUGGCAAAGAUGUUUGCUCGUGCUCAUCCGAAGCCAGCGAGCCUGAGUCUGAGCUUGGAGCCCGCCCUCCAGAGCACCGGUUUCCAUUUACGGAAAAACGCCAUAGAUGGCUGGGACCACAGCUUUCCGCAGUUUCUCCCGACACUGGCCAUGACUCGGACAAAUCUGACCCGAGUUUACCUAAUGCUCAGGCAGACUCCUCCAGUGGCGGCCAAGACACAAUACCUCGGCCCCGGACCCACAGGAACAGAGCAGCCCCAGAGUUGCCCACAAUAGACACUGGGUAUGAUUCCCAGCCCCAAGACGUCCUGGGCAUCAGGCAGCUGGAAAGGCCACUGCCCCUCACCUCCACAUGUUACCUGCAGGACCUCCCUGGGCCUCUGAGGUCCAGGGAGUUCCCUCAGUUUGAACUUCAGAGGUAUCCAGCGUAUGCACAGAGGCUGCCUCUCAAUCCCUCCCCACAGGCUCCAUGGAACUGUCAGUAUCAUUUUCCUGGAGGACCCUAUCACCAGGCUCCAUAUGCUCAUGGCCACCCUCCCACAGCCUACCAGCAAGUCAUCCAGCCUGUCCUGCCUGGAGCAAGAGAGAGAGUCCUGCAUCCUAUGCAGAAGGUCAUCCUGAAUCACCCCAGCCCCCAGGACCGAGGAGACAGGCCUGCACCGAGAGACUCCUCUUUCCCAAGGCUCCCAAGGGACCAGCUCUAUCAACCACCGUCUAGUAGAGCAGGAGCUCCUGAGGAGUCCUUGGAACAUCCUGCAGAGCUGAGACCACAGGGUCCCCAGACUCCAUCCCCAGCUGCCGUGCCUAGACCCCCUAGCAACCCCCAAGCACGAGGAACUCUAAAAACUAGCAAUUUGCCAGAGGAAUUACGGAAAGUCUUCAUCACUUAUUCUAUGGACACAGCCAUGGAGGUGGUGAAAUUUGUGAACUUCCUGUUGGUGAAUGGCUUCCAAACUGCAAUUGACAUAUUUGAGGACAGAAUCCGGGGUAUUGAUAUCAUUAAAUGGAUGGAGCGCUACCUUCGAGAUAAGACAGUGAUGAUAAUUGUAGCAAUCAGCCCCAAAUACAAACAGGAUGUGGAAGGCGCUGAGUCGCAGCUGGACGACGAUGAGCAUGGCUUACAUACUAAGUACAUUCAUCGGAUGAUGCAGAUCGAGUUCAUAAAUCAAGGAAGCAUGAAUUUCAGAUUCAUCCCUGUGCUCUUCCCAAAUGCCAAGAAGGAACACGUGCCCACCUGGCUUCAGAACACUCACGUUUACAGCUGGCCCAAGAACAAGAAAAACAUCCUGCUGCGACUGCUCCGAGAGGAGGAGUAUGUGGCCCCUCCCCUCGGUCCUCUGCCCACCCUUCAGGUGGUGCCCUUGUGACAUCAACUGUCCCUGGCUCAGUGCCGUCCUGUCACAGCAUUCUGCUAGCUGGGGCUGGCUGGUGGCACUCAGGACUCUUUCGGUGUCUUCUAGGGAGACCCAGGCCCCAGAACACCCUUCCUGAGUCUGAGUUGUUCAGCUUGGGUUUCCAGUGCUUUUGGUGAGUGGCCAUCACUACAGGUGAUGGCAGCAAAUACCUAGGACCACAGAAACCCUCUUAUGACUUCUGCUGCUUUUAUGAGUUGGCCAGAUGCUGUGUCCUUAGACCAGACUGAGGAAUGUCCGAACAAUAAAACGAUUACCCUUUGUAAGAA